AUGGCACCGCCAAUGGAUUCUUCAGAUUUUUCUAAAUUACGUACCGUUGAACCCAUCAGCAGUGAUCCAACUGCUUCACCAGCAACAACAUGGGAAAAAUUCAAACAAGCUUUUGGCAUGCUCGUCGAAGUAUCGAAGAACAGACCCAUUAGCGAAACCGUAUGUUUGAGAGAAGCACUUAUUUUCGGAAUACCUGGCUCAUUUUUUUGUAGUAUGGCUGCAUUUCUGUUGACAACAAAUCGUAUUCGAGUAUUUCAAGCAGCUAUGCUUUCGCUACCAGUUUUAUCCAUGGGCCGUUUUACACAAUGUCGCGCAUCGAAAUUCCAUGAACGUAAAGCAACAAUACUCGUAUCGAAAAUGAUACGAGCGAAAAUGUUAACUGAUGGUACAGCUAAACAAGCUGAAUUCGAACGUUUAUUUAAAAAAUCCACUGUAGAACUAUCUGAAUUAGAACGUCAACUUGAUGAAAUUAUAUCUAAACAGCAGACUGGAGCCGAUUAA